AUGUGGGGUAAUGGCAAGUACGGAUUCUCGUACCAAUAUACUUUCGCUUGGAAAGCGAGUGCGGGCGGCAUCGACCCUGGAGCUAUUUGUGCUGGCGCGUUGGCUGGAGCACGGUUGUGCUCAUGCUCGUUAUCGUCAAGUAAUUCCCGAAAUGAGAGUGGAAGCGAGGGAGGGGUAAGCGGAGCAAAGAGGCCCGAUUAA